ACUUCCAAAAUGUCUAGAGCCCUCAGUCUGGCUGUUAGGGGGGGUGAGGUACCUCUGCAAAAGAGUGGCUUUGGGAGGAAUUGUCUUCACCUGCAUUUACUCCUUCACUCAGCCAAGACUGAUAAGGGUGAUUUGGUUCCAGAAUCAUCAGACUAGGAGUAUAUAAGCAUACUAUUCCAGGUCCCGUUGCCACAGCUAAUCUAGUGUACAUUUUAAUGUACAAUGUCCGUGUUUUUCUACUCCAAUUUGGACCUCAUUGAUGAAAAAAAGGGCAUGUUGUACAUCUCACCAUGUGUAGAAAUGUCCUCAAAACUCAGCUGAGAGCUUCCAUACUCCUUUUACAGACUGAAUAGGAGUGGGAGACAGACUGGCUAGUGGCUAGGCUACUCAGGAAGCAGAGGAAGUAGACCACAAAACCAGCAACAGGCUGCCAGAGGCCAGAGGUGCAGCCGAAAAGACUCCUUAAAACGACGUUAUUUAUGUAAAGUGACCCAUGCUUGGUGUGGCUGAAUUAAUGUUGUCACUUUACAUAAAUAAUCUUAUCUCCCCAGGAACUCCAUUGAAAUCAGUGUUAUUUAUUUAUUUUUUUCAAAAGAACUGGGGUUCAGGGAUUUAGUGGAGCCUGGGUUCCAGACCCUAAAGCCAGAGCUCCUUCCUCACCAUCAGCAACACCACACCAACUGUAGCUGGCUCACUUCACUUCAACUGGGUGUCCCCAUCUAUAGAUGGGUCACAGAGUCUCUAAGUCUAUUCUAACUAUAUAUUUGGAGUACUCUCCAUCACUCCUAGUGGUAAGUUGUAUAGAUGUUUUGAGGGGUAGCUGAGGCUUGGGGGGCAGAAAUCGUGGUUUUAGGGGAUUUGGGGCUAUCCACUGUGGCGUUUUCAGAAACUGAAGAAGAGUUUGUAGAUGUCACUUUUUCGUAACUGACCCCCUUUUAAAAGGCUGUGCUCAGGUGCUACUGCCCUAGGCAUCAGACCAAGUGGAAGUCAAGACCCAGGAGUGCUCCCCAGCCUUGGGGGAAGGGGUUUCCCGUAACCUGGGGCUGUUCUGGAGAGUCCCUGCUAGAAUUUUAAACCUCCACCAAAUCCUACGUGGUGGAGCAAAUUCCGGAGUGUGGCUUUGGCGACUGACACUCCAAGUUGUUUCGUGCUUUGUGGCUGGGGUGGGAAGAAAAUGAAAUAAGAAUCGUUGACUUUUCCCUUCCCGCUGCCGGUAGGCGGGAAGGCUGUACCCAGCAUUAGGGACCGGUAGGGCUGGUCCGUCCCUCCUCUUUUGCUCUGGCGCGGCUGGGAGCGGCGGCGCCAACGCUAGCCAAAAGGGCGCUCUCGGGCCCGGGCCCCGCGCUUGCCUCUCCCGGGGGAAGCUGCGUUGCCAGGUGGAGUUUAACGCCUCCGCCUGAGCGCAGAUUGUCCGGGCCGAAGGCGCCACCUCAGGCGCUCAGGCGCGAGCCGCCCCUCCCGCGCGGCGGUCCUCCCCCGGCACCCGGCCCUCCCUCCGCAUCUCCACCGUCGUCCCUUGGCCCCACCCGCGCCACGCGCCUCCUCUACUUGUGGCCGGCUUCAGAGCGUGCAGGCGCGGGGUCGCCAUCCCUGACCACGCCGCUGCAGCCAAGCAGUCGGCGCGAAGCUCCGGGGCGGAAGAGUGAGGGGAGGCAGGAUGCAGGCGGCGUGCGGGGGCGCCGCGGCGGGUCGCCGGGUUUUCGAUAGCCUUUGCCCCAACAGGAUGCUGGAUCCGCAAGGCCGGCCCUUUGGCAAGCCUGGGAAGCUGGACAGGAAGUUCGCUCCUCCACGGAAGUUCUUUCCCGAUCGCAGCAUCAGCAGCCGGGUGUCCGUGUACGAGGAUCCGCCAGACCCCGAGCCCGCUGCGCUGCCAGCCCUCACCACCAUAGACCUGCAAGACCUGCGAGACCUCGCUGACUGCUCCUCGUUACUCGGAUCCCAUGCGCCGCCUAGUGGUGAUUCGGCCGCCUCACAGAACCACUCCUUGCAAACGGCAGCGGACUUCGAUCUGCAGGAUUUCAGAGACACAGUGGAUGAUCUCAUUGCAGACUCAUCGUCUUUGAUGUCACCUCCCCUGGCCGGCGGAAACUUUCCCUUCUCUCCUUCUGACGUACUGCCCUUUGGGUCCUGUCUCUCCCCGCCGCUGGACUCACCCGCCCUGCAGUCACCGCCGCUGCGCCCUCCCGAGGUUCCCCCUCCAGAGCAGUACUGGAAGGAGUUGGCCAAUCAGAACCAGAGGGCGCUGGGGGACGCACUUGUCGAGAAUAAUCAACUGCACGUGACGUUGACCCAGAAACAGGAGGAAAUCGCCUCACUGAAGGAGCGGAACGUGCAACUGAAGGAACUCGCCAGUAGGACCCGGCACCUGGCCUCAGUGUUGGAUAAGCUGAUGAUCACCCGGUCCCAGGAUUGCGGUGCGGCAGCCGAGCCGUUUCUGCUCAAAGCGACUGCAAAAAGGAGCCUGGAGGAGUUGUUCAGCGCUGCGGGGCAGGACUGCGCGGAAGUGGACGCCAUCCUACGGGAGAUUUCCGAACGCUGCGACGAAGCGCUGCAGAGCCGCGAUCCCAAGCGGCUCCGACUUCAGCCAGAGCCCCCAAGCAUGGACGGCAGGCCCGGGAACCUGCAUGGCGCCUUCCGGGGGCUGCGCACAGAUUGCAGCCGGAGCUCGUUGAACCUGAGCCACAGUGAGCUGGAGGAGGGCGGCUCUUUUAGCACCCCCAUCCGCAGCCACAGCACCAUCCGCACGCUCGCUUUCCCCCAGGGCAAUGCGUUCACCAUCCGGACAGCCAACGGGGGUUACAAAUUCCGCUGGGUCCCCAGUUGAACUGGGAUGUGGUCCUUCAAAACACUGCCCUGUAUUCGGACUGAAGCGCCUGGAGGUUAAGUGAGAGUAGUUGGAACUGUUUUCUGAACCUGACUUUUCAGAACUCCCCCUGAAAGACCAAUGCUACCCUGAAACUUACUUUUUUUUUUUUUUUCAGGAACACUUUGAUACUGAUGCAUUGUAAAGUUCUGGUACAAAACACUGAAUAGUCCUUCCCCUUUUCACAGUGAAAUUGUGUGUGUGUGUGUGUGUGUGUGUGUGUGUCACAGUCAUUUUUUAAUGUAUUUAUUUUUAGUAACUUUGAAUUAUGCACUUUUUAGAGCUAGAAGAGACCUAAAAACCACUUAGCUGUUUUAUAAUUACAUAAUGCCCUACUUUCAUAAGAAGUUAAGUAAUUUUCUAUAUUAAGAAGUGUCAUUGAGGAGUUCCCUUGUGAUGCAGUGGAUUAAGGAUCGGCCUUGUCACUCUAGUGGCUGGGGUCACUGCUGCUCUGGCACAGGUUCCAUCCCUGUCCGGGAAACUUUCACAUGCUGCAAGUGUGGCCAAGAAAAAAAAAGUGUCGUUGGAACCUUCCAAGAAGUCUCCCUAGUCAUUUAAUUGAAAAAUGGGCAGUAGACCUCUAAGGAAGACAUACAGAUGGCCAAUAGGCACAUGGAAAAAAAAAAAGCUCAACAUCACUGAUUAUUAGAGAACUGCAAGUCAAAACUACAGUGAGGUAGAAUGGCUAUCAAAACUGCAAAACUGGUUAUAAUGGCUGUCGUUAAUAAGGCUACAGGAGUUCCUAUCGUGGUGCAGUGGUUAAUGAAUCCAACUAGGAACCAUGAGAUUGC